UAUUGUAACGUUGGCAAUUUUGCGCUGGAUGCGCUUUUAAAUAACGGUUUAACGUUUGUAACGCGCAAAUUGCUCGGCCGAUAUGGUAUAAAAGGAUUUAACUUUUUAAAUGGCUUUGCGGGCGCGAAAUUAAAUUUUAAUAAGCUUUUUAAAAAGUUCCGGUAUUGCUUUAAAAUACCGCUUGUAAACGCAUAUCGGCAUACGGGGGUUAACGGCAUAAUUUUAAUUUGCUUAAUAAUUAAAAUAACGGUUACAAAAUACCGUACGUUCCGUAUAAUUAUUUUUAAAAAAAAGCAAAUAAAUAAAAAUUUAAUUAUUGCUUUAUUAAAAAUUAAUAACCUUUUGCAACGGGAACGCGUUGCGAAUAUUUAUAUAAAACGAAAAAAAGGCAAUAUCCGUUUCGGGGGCAAAUUUAUUAAAAUCGAAAGCGUUGCGGCGGCGUUUGUUGCGCAUUUUACGCUUUUUUUCAGCGGCGGUUUUUUUGCCGCGGCGGUUAAAGCCCGCCGAAAGGUUACCGGCAAAACGUUUGCGGGAAUUUUAAAAGGUUGCAAGCGCAAAAAGGCCCGAUAA